AUAGCCCUGGAAUGGUAUAGACCUUUCAGACAACAAAAAUAUAUACAAAUGGAACAAAUGUUACGGUUCAUAGUGGGAAUUAUGGGCAACGCAGCUUCCUUACUACUUUAUGCAGCACCCAUGUUAACAUUCAAAAGAGUGGUCAAGAAAAAGAGCACACAGGAGUUCUCUUGUAUUCCAUACAUCAAUGCACUAGUUAGUUGUCUGUUUUACACUUGGUAUGGCCUCCCAGUUGUAAGCCGUGGCUUGGAAAACUUCCCUCUGAUCACCAUCAAUGGCGUGGGGGUACUACUUGAAUCCUUAUACAUUUUGAUUUACUUAUGGUUCUCGUCAUCGGAACGCAAGAAGGGAGUUUGCUUGAUGGCAGUUCCAGCAAUUGCAGUGUUCUGUGUAACUGCAAUUGUUUCAAGCUUGGUCUUGCAUGAUCACCAUCAUCGGAAAUUACUAGUUGGAAGUGUCGGACUAGUGGCUUCCGUAUUAAUGUACGGUUCGCCUUUAGUAGCUGUGAAAACAGUGAUCAAGACAAAGAGUGUCGAGUACAUGCCAUUUUACUUAUCUCUGUUCUCUUUCCUCGCAAGUUCUCUAUGGUUGACAUAUGGACUGCUAGCACAUGAUGUUCUUAUGGCAGCACCAAGUUUUUUAGGCACUCCUAUGGCCAUCAUCCAGCUGAUACUAUACUGCAUUUAUAAGAAUAACAAGCCUGCUUCUGAAGAGCUUGUUAAGAUUGAUUUAGAGAAAAAUGCAGGAAAAUUUACAUUGAAGCAGCAAGUGAUCAAUGGACCAAAUUGAAUUCUUCAUUUCAGAACUUGUUUCCAAGAAGGCAUGUCCAAUGUUAUAUGUAUAUCAUUGGUGUUAUUAAGAUAAUGAGCUUCAACUCGUUCUAUUAUAACCUGAGCUUCAACUCGUUCUAUUAUAACCUCCAUUAAAAUUUUCAUUACAAUAACUAGCACCAUUGACGCUAAAAAAUUUACAUCAAAAACUAAAAAAAAAACAAAUUAUCAAAUAAAGGAAUUCUAACUCAUUACAGAGAGUAGUAAAAG